CCUGGUUUCAAAGCUUCACAUUUGAUUCACCUAGACUUGCUUUCCCUUCCAUCUUGCGUUUCUUAUUAUAUUACUCGAUGGCUUCAAUCUUGCGCUCGGCGACAGUUCGCGUGUCGAAACGCUCCGUGCCCCCUUGUACCCGCUCGCUCGCCACGCAUUCAUCCAGCUCUGAGCCCGGGAAGCGUAACUUUGCUCAGACUUUGUCCGAGGGACCGUCUUUCGAUGACUUCGUUGCGGGUGAUGUUCCCGAGCGUGUAGUCAUGGGAAACACCAGCCAACCACGGCUUCCUUCAUUCCUCAAGACCUCUAUUCCGACCGGACCUUCGUUUACGAAAAUUAAGAAGGAAUUACGAGGACUUGGUCUGCAUACUGUCUGUGAGGAGGCUCGGUGUCCAAAUAUCGGAGAUUGUUGGGGUGGAAAGGAGGGCGAGUCGGCAGAGGAGGGCAAGAGGGGUGCCACCGCGACUAUCAUGUUGAUGGGCGACACUUGCACUCGUGGUUGCCGGUUCUGUUCUGUGAAGACAUCACGAACACCACCUCCACUUGAUCCGCAUGAGCCAGAGAAUACCGCAGAGGCUAUUAGUCGAUGGGGUUUGGGAUAUAUUGUGUUGACCAGUGUCGACCGUGACGAUCUCGCCGACUCGGGCUCACAUCAUUUCGCCGAGACCAUCCGGAAAAUCAAGCAGAAAGCGCCUCAAAUUCUGGUCGAAGCGCUCACCGGCGACAUGGACGGCAACCUCGACCACGUCGCUGUCGUCGCCAAGUCGGGUCUGGACGUCUACGCACACAACAUCGAGACCGUCGAAGCCUUGACGCCUUUCGUUCGUGACCGAAGGGCUACCUUCAGACGAAGUCUGAGUGUGCUUGAGCGUGCUAAGGCUGAGGGUGUGCGGGUGACCAAGACCAGUAUCAUGCUGGGUGUGGGCGAAAACGAAGAGCAGGUCAUGGAUGCUCUACGAGAACUGCGAAAAGUUAACGUGGACGUCGUGACCUUCGGCCAGUACAUGCGACCUACAAAGCGACAUAUGAAGGUUGACCGAUAUGUCGAGCCGGCUGAGUUCGACAGGUGGAAGCAGGUGGCUGAGGAUAUGGGCUUCCUUUACGUUGCCAGCGGUCCACUUGUGCGGAGUAGCUACAAGGCUGGAGAGUACUUCAUUGAGAAUGUUCUCCGAGGCAAGGGUGCCGAGAAGCAGACGCAGAAGCUGCUCGUGCAGGACGGUCUUCUGGCCCACACUGCGCCCUCCUCUUGAUGCAGAUGGGCAUCUCACUACCUUGACUGUCUAUGUUUAGAUGCUAUCGUACACGCUACGAUCUUUUAUCGAUCGAACUAUGGUAAUGCUAUCCUAUACAGCGCUUCUCAA